AUGUCCUUCUCAACCCUCCCUUCGAACGCCAGCCUCGUCAACAUUGGCACUCACUCCCUCGCCCUCUACACCCACGGCCCAGAACGCAGCAGCUCCAAAGAUCCCGUCGUCCUAUUUGUCUCGGGCGUGGCAAGCUCCAGUCUCAACUGGGCGGCUGUGGUGCGGCUGCUUCCUCCCUCGCUGCGAAGCUACACUUACGACCGUUCCGGCUACCGCAACUCCGAGCUCUCCCCGCUCAAGCCCACGGCCGAGAACAUUGCUCUGGAGCUCUUCCAUCUGAUCGAAAAAGCUCCCAUUUCGAACCCUCUGAUCAUCGUGGGGCACUCCUGGGCCGGCGUGCUCAUAAACGAGUUCAUCGCCCUUACGGGAAAUGGCCCGCACAUCGCUGGCCUGGUGCUCGUCGACGCCAACCACGAGACCGCGCCACAGGUACUGAACGUAAAUGAUCCAGUUCUCCUGGCCAUUGCUGAGGGUGUCGAACCAUACUCUGGCAUGGGCAUGGAGUCGGAGCAUAAGUUGACGCAGGAAGAGUGGGAUAUGUUUAGGAACGACGAAUCGACGGAGAAGGCCAAGCUGAUUGGGCAGAAGGAGGAUUUUGAGUACGCGCCAAGUUUUGAGACGCUGCGGAAGAAGGAGCUUGGUAAAAAGCAGCCACUCGUUGGAGAUAAACCGGUUUAUGUAAUUGGGGGCAUGCGGAGUAGGGAUUGGACUGGGUUGUACAAGGCGGGCGUUGAGAAAGGGAAUGGAACCGAGGAGCAGAGGAGCCAUGUUAGAGAGUUGAUCAGGACGGCUGAUGAGAAGAGUGAGGGUCUUAUGAAGGAAUUUCUGAAACUCUCUACGAAGAGCAAGCUUGUAUUUGCCCACGAGAGUGGACACUUUGUCCAGUUAACUCAGCCGGAUAUUGUUGUUAAUGGAGUGAAAUGGGUUUUAGAUAACUUACAAACAUCUUCUUAG